UCGGCAGCUCAUACGCCUUGGCUUUCGCCGAUCCUGCGACGAUGAUCUUUGCCACUCAAAGCAGCUUCUUCAGGAGAGACCCGCGCACCACCGACUGGUUCCUGGUCGGCAAUGUUCCGUUCCUGCUCGUGCUCGUACUCGGCUACGUUUACGUCGUUAAAAUAGGUGGGCCGCGUUUCAUGAAAGGACGCGCGCCAUUCGAGAGCAUCAAGCCUGUCAUCGUGAUCUACAACGCCACAAUGGUGCUCUUGAACUGUUACUUCGUGGCGGCUUUCCUCUCAAAGACGUACCUGGGCGGUGGCUACAGCUUCUUCUGUCAGGGUAUUGACUUCGAAGCGCACGACGAAGAUACCAUGAGCAUGUUGAAGCACUGCUUGAUGUACUUCUGGAUCAGAGUUUUUGACUUUCUGGAUACCGUGUUCUUCGUUCUGCGUAAAAAAGAAUCGCACGUGUCUCUCCUGCACGUGGCCCACCACGUCCUGGUAGUGUCCACCGGCUGGUACGGCCUCGCCUACGGAGCGGACGGCCACGCGGCGUUCACCAUCAUUUUCAACAGCUUCGUGCACGUAGUCAUGUACUCUUACUACCUGUUGUCUCUUCUGGGGCCGUCGGUGCGGCGAUACUUGUGGUGGAAGCGGUAUCUGACGCAGCUACAGAUGUUUCAGUUCGUAGUUUUGAUGCUCCACGCGUCGAUUCCGUUGUUCGUGGACUGCGGCUACCCGAGGGCUCACAUCUUAAUCGGUCUGCCGCAGGGCGUGUUUUUCCUCGUCAUGUUUCUUCGGUUCUACACGAGUGCUUACAGCCACAGAAAGACGCUAUCAACGCAGAAUGGCUUUAUCAGGAAGAAGAAGUGAACUUGAGACUGGAAACUUCGAUAUACCAUUGAUUACUACUUUCCCAAGCUGUAUCAGGCCGUGAUGUGUUCGAAAGCUUUUGUCACUACAUGUGCACAUUUCACUUAUGCUUUCA